AUUGAGGACUCUCGUCAGCUGAAUUUUCGGGGAGGCGAUUCGAGCAUUCGCGGGGGAGAUGAACGAGACGAGAAACCAUGACGCGGGCGACGAGAGAAUCGAAUCGAGCAGAGAAAAGAGGAGGGCCCCUUCGACGCCAGGAAACGAGAGAACAAAAACAGGCCCUUUCGUCGAGCGACGCGGGAGAGAAAGGAACGGAAAAAUCAGCGACGAAAUAUUAUCCGGGGAGAACGAGACUUACAGAAAUUUGCAAGCUCUGCUCCUCGCCACUUCCGUUUUGGUGCUGAGUUAUCACGGCUUUCGUUACGGGAGGACCGAAUACAGCGUUUUGGAAAAUGGCAACAUCGUCAACGGCUUCGUCUCCGCGAAGAAGGCCGUCAUCACCUUCAGCCUUGGGUACCCGGUGCUCUAUUCGUUCGCCUCGUCUUUGUCCGCUUGCAUGCUCCUCUACUCCAUCAUCUGGAAAAAACCUCGGUGGAGUCUACCCUCGAUCAUCGUCUACCUGACAGAUCUCGUCUGCCACGUGGCCGAUGCACUCGUCGCAUUUUGGCUUUUUUUCAGUCACCUCAAAUUCGGUACCGCUCUGCUCUACACUUCGAUCGUCGCCCUCGUAAUAACAGGUGAAUUGUGGAUAUGGUUGGGCGUGCUACGUCUGUUCGAGCACAGAACGUUCAACUGAGAAGGAAGAUUGGCUGCAACGAAGACCGCCACAUUUUUAUCAUUUUUUUCAUAAUAUUUUUACAAGUCUUACGAAAUAGUGAGAUUUUUUGUGCUCUGUAUGUACAAGUUUUGAAUAAAUAUUUAUCACAGAGGA